AUAAGCCAGUUUCGGUUUACUGGGUAGACGGCGGCGGGUACAGAAAACAAAAUACAAAAGAAACAUAUUCGCUUGCCAAAGUAGCAGCUGUGGUAGCGAUUGCGAACAAUACACGUUCUUGUGGAUAGAACAUAUUUGCACGACAGCGAAUAACCCCGGAGGUUUUGUUCGACCAAUCGUUAACGGAUAGCGCAGCAACGCAUAGUAAUACUUGCACGAGCGAAGUGCUCGGUUUUUCUUCCUAGAUAAGAUUCGACUGCAUUGAAAACAAUCGUGCUUCGAUUUGUCUUCCGUGACAACGAACGAAAGUCAAAAUGAGUCGGAAUAAUGGACAUGGUCGCGGACGCCGUCGAGGUCGCAGAGGUGUCGGCGGCAACCGAAUCGAUGGAGCUUGCAAUCACAAUGAUCUCCCUAGCGGUGGCUGCAUGGGAUGGCUCGAUCCGACCGAUGAUGAGCUACAUUUUUUCAACGGUUUGGCGCUGAUAGGGGCGUUUGGCAGUGUGGUUGGGUCCGCCAGACGCGGCGGCGAUCAUCGCCGCCCGUCGGAAUUGGACAAUACUUUGCAGAAAAUUUACUACACGGAGGAUAAUUUCGCCGUGAAUACGGUGUAUGCCAGCUUCAAGCCGUACUUGGAGGAGGUUACGAUGACCAGCGUGCGGGAAAUGUUCGAGCCAUUCGGACCUAUUAAGAAUAUCAGAAUCUACCAAAAUCAGAGCAAUGACUACGAGGAUGAGGAGGGAGCCAGUGGAGGUAGUCGAUGGCAGGUUGGCCGAAGGCAUCACCAAGACCGGGGUAACCGGUUUGGGUUCAUAGCCUUCGAAAGUUGCGAACACGCGGCCAUAUGUCUACAGCAAAGGCGUAAGCUGGGUAGAUUUUGCUACGUAGCAAAGGCGGAUAGCUGGCAUCAGGAAGCAUACCAAGAGAUUCACAGUAAGAAGGAAAAUGCUAAAAACGCUACACAUACUACCUCUGACACGAAGGACAGUACGGAGGACAAAAUGACGCUCUCGGGUGAACGUCCGUCUGAAGACGAAUGCCCGUCGGGAUUAUCGAACACAGCCGAAGUGUGCUCCAAUUCAACGGAUUCCAACGAGGAAGCGCAGGGAACGAAUAUUUUGCAACUUAAUGAUGACUGUCUCAUGCUGAUAUUCGAACAAGUCGAUUUGAUGGAGCACAUAGCGUUGAAAAGAACCUGUGCGCGGUUCCAGGGUAUCGCGGAAAAUAUUCUCAAGCGGCACAAGUUUUUCGAUUUCGAUUUGUAUGAAGACAUCUGUCUUACCAUGUUGAACACGAGAGAUAUUCUCACUGAAGUGGGUCCUCACAUAGAGCAUUUGAACAUUUCACCAGAACCUUUCGCUCGACCUGGAACGAGAAUUCUGAACUUGAUACCCAGACACUGUCUACAUCUGAGUGAACUGGAAAUUCGAGACUUCACCUUGAAUCCAAAAGUUCUGAGAAACCUUGAAGUGGUGUUCAGAUCGCUAACAGCUCUUACUCUGUCGGGUUGUGGAAUUGGGGACAACAUCGAGAAAAAUCUGGCGAACGCCAAGCGUCUCGAACGGGUGAAUUUAUCUUCCAACAGCGAAAUCACCGGCAAGUGCUUUAGAGUAUUCAAAAAUCUCAAGUAUUUAAAUUUGGAGAGUUGUCAGAAUAUCCAGGGGAAACCAUUCUCGGCCUUCACCGUGAACAAUAGAAGACUUGAAUAUUUGAACAUUAACGGCUGUCGUCGUUUGACACUCGAAGCGAUCAAAUCCAUCUCUACCAAUCUGAGUGAACUGUCGGAACUCGUAUGUAACAACUGUUACGACAGUGUGGAUUCCACAAAAAUAGCAGUAAUCGGAGCUUUGCCAAAACUCAAAAAGAUACAGUUCAUAGUGACCAGUUUCUCACAACUCGAUCCAAUCGUGCAAGCUCUAGGCGAAGUCAAUCAACUGGAACACUUGGAUCUGUCCGAUGGUAUUUUCGCUACCAUGGACUUUAGUCUGCUAGAAAAGUUAACCAACUUGAAGGUACUCAAAAUCAACUACAAACCGGACUUCCAAGAUUCCCACCUUUCAAAACUGUGCGACAAUGGAAAGUUCGAAGAGCUGCACAUUGCCGGUUGCUCCAAUAUUACCGAUGGGCAGAUGAUUAAAUUCAUCAAAAAGAACCCAAAUCUUCGCCUGUUGGAUAUGUCCUGCUGUCACAUUUCGGAGAGAUUAAUUUUUUCGGCUGUUGAUAUCUUGCGGGAGCAAGUCAGGGCACAGACACACGGCGUGCGGCAUCCACUGAAGAUGAUUGUUGGUCAGUCAACUAUUUGCCCGGAACUGCUGAAGAAUGCACUGAUAGGAAGCAGCACACAUCUGCUGGAGGUUUCGUUCGACUUCACCCCGAGCAACCUCGGCAUGAUGGGGCCCCACGAUCCGUUCGACGAUAUGCUAGACGAUGACGAUGAAGAUUUCAUGGGCUACGACUACGAGGUCGAUGACUCCGACAUGUGGGGUGUGGACUAUGACUCAGAGCUAGAUUUUGCAGACCUCUAUCAGUACUUCUAUGACAGCGAUGAGGACGAGGUCCGGUACCUUUACAUGUAGUCACCAUGAAUCUGUUUGUCCGUGCAGCCAAUCAACUCAUCUUAUCUGAAGCUUUGCUCGCGCUACGAUGCUAUGUAUAGAAUUAGAGAAAUAUAACAUUGACCGGUCGAAAACUAAACGGUCGUCGAAAGGACUGUAUAGAAAAACAAAAACAACUUAACGUUAAGCAAAAGCAAAUACCGAAUCUAGUUUCGCUUUCUGAAAGGGCCAUUCAGAAUAAUUCUUUUACUCAGUAACGAUUGUUCAUUGUUAUCGAUAUUACAACCCUACUUUUCUAUAGUUUAUCUUGAAAAACACACGAAGCGCUGGUUUUCUUACCUGUACGUUUUAAUUACAAUCAUUUCCUGAUGUCGGAUUUUAUUCUUCGUAUCAUAGUUUGAAAAACUAGACUGAUUUUGUUUUGUUAUCCCGGAGAAAACAAAAAAAAAAUAAACAAGUUAAACAAUAC